GGAAUAAGCGAACGCCUAUUUCGUAAGCUCACGUUGGAUCCGACGAGAGUUAGCAACCAUUUAAUCCCGAUAUCCUCAACACGCGAAUUUAGCUGAAUUGGCAAAUGCAUAGAGGCAUUUUCGAGUAUAUUUAGCUGGGCAUGACACAGAAGCGGCCCGUUUUGAGGGGGCAGUGCGGUCGUUUUGUUUGCCUAGUUGCUAACCGACCAACUAGCUCGCAGCUAAGAAGCUAGGUGGCUAACAUCCGUUAACGACUGGUUUAACGCUAACUUACACGCUCGCUGUAAAACCAGGAAGGAGGGACAAGACGGUCGAGCAGCUUGGCCCGAAAAGGUUGCUCUACUUUUGCAAAUCGCCGUCUUACGUAUUCGCAUAAAGCUUUUCUUUUGCUGUGUCAACGGAGAAAGAGGAAAGAAGUAUUUAACUGGUCCGAGUGCAAAGAUGUCAAAGGCUCCAGAUUCUCCAGCUCGGUCUCGCUCUAGAUCAAGGUCCAGGUCCAGAUCUAGAUCUUACUCUCGGUCUCGCUCUAGAAGCCAAUCUCGUUCAAGAUCCAGAAAACGCCGCUAUAGUUCUAGGUCUCGUUCCCGCUCUCGUUCACACACUCCGCCCUACAGAAGCUACCCCAGCAGGGACUACCAAAACAACAGAGGAGGGUUCAGGGGUUACAACCGAGGCUACAGGAGGCCGUACCAUUACCGAGGAAGAAACCGAGGCUACUACCAGCGAGGUCAUUACCAGAACAGAGGAGGUGGUGGCGGCUAUGGCUACAAGUCCAACUGGCAAGGUGGCGGCGGCGGCGGCGGCGGCGGCGGUGGUGGUGGUGGAGGUGGCGGCGGUGGAGGCUGGAAAGAACGGCACCAUGACCAGGAACACCACUCUCACAGCCCCAGGAGGGGGCGCUCACGCUCUCGCACACCCAAGAAGCGCUCAGUGAGUCGCAGCCGCUCCCGCUGCUCUGAACGCUCGUCUUCAGGACCCUCUCGGCGCUCCAGGCACUCAAGCUUCUCUUCUCGGUCCUCAUCCCCGCGUCAUCGCAGCAGCAAGAGCAGGCCUGGCGCUAAGGAUGCGAAGGAAAGGCCCGCAGAAACUCACAGUGACAAACCAGGACAGUCAGGAGGUGGCGGUGGCAUCGACAAGGUCUCUGGAGGUAAAUGGCUCGACUCUGACGCCAGCCCUAAAGCAAACAGCCCCAAGAAGGAUGAUGGUUCCUCUGCCUCUGAGAGCAAAGGCCCUGGGAGUGGCGGUCCUCUGUGGAAAACCAUCGGCACCGGGUCCCCUCCGGCCAAGAGCCCCACCAUGUCGGGACAGACUGCCUCAUUCGGUGGCUUUGGGUUCUUCACAAAGGAAGAUGCCGAAGAUAAAACCGUGAUUUCCACUGCCUUCAAGAAGUUCCUGGCGGAGAAUAAAAGCAAAAAGCAGGCAGCUGAAAAGGAGAACGGUCGAGAAAAGGAGCAGAGUGCCACAGACAGAGAUCUGGAAAAAGGAAUGAAGUCCGGCGACCUUUUCACCAUCGCAUCCUCUGCUUUUGGUGACUCCAAAGAGGACAAGACGCUUCCUUUUUUUGAUGCUGGAGAAGAAGAGUUCCUGAAGUCUCACAGGCUGAAACAGAGCGACGUGGACGAAGACGGUGAGAUUAAAUCAUCCCUCACAGCUCGAGACAUUUUCGGAAAAUGGGGAGAUGAGCCCACGUACUCUACUUCCUACCCAUCCAUCAAAGAGAAAAGCCAUAGAGAUGCUGAAGAGGUUGAGUCCUUAGAUCACCCAGAGGAGGAAGUAUACCGAAGCCGAAAGCACACAAAGAAAGAGGAGAAGUCCAAGAAGAAGGAGAAGAAAGAAAAGGAAAAGUUGAGGCGUAGUCCAUCCCCUGCCACGACUAGAGAGAAGGACCGUCCUCUGUUUCCUGGAGCUUUCCCUGCACAUGAAGAGUCAUCUGUACCACGACUGUCAGCUUCAAGGGAAGACUUUGAACUCAAAAUUGGUUCCUUGGAUGAAAUGCCCAGCUCCUCUUCUAAAGAUCGCUACAUGCCCAGAGAGCUGGCGAACCCCUCGAAGAAGGACCCAGAGUUUCGUUCUAUUUUCCAGCAUAUUCAGUCUGCACAGCUCCGUCGCAGCCCAUCUGAGCUGUUUGCUCAGCACGUAGUCUCAAUUGUGCACUACAUCAAAGCUCUACAUUUCCAAUCCUCAGACAUGACUUUAAGUGAGCGGUUUGCCAUGUACCAAAGAAAAGCUGCAGAGGUAGAAAUGAUGAAGCCAAGGAAGAGCCCAGAAAUCCACAGGAGAAUCGAUGUUUCCCCCAGUGCCUUUAAGAGGCACUCUCACCUGUUUGAGGAUAUGGAGGAGACAAGCUACAAGGAUCCUAGCAAAAAGUUCAAAGGAGAUGUGAUGGACCUUCGCCUGGAUAUUGAAAGACGUAAGAGGUUUGCUGGGAAGGAGCGUGACUACCGGCGAGAAGGGGCCAGGAGCCCAGGUGGCUCCCGAGGACCGAGCAGAGAGAAGUCCUCUGAAAAAUCUGGAAAACACCACAAGAAAUCCAAGAAAGCUAAGAAGAAGCGGGAUCGCUCUCCUUCCUCCUCCUCCUCUUCCUCCUCUCCCUCUCCGUCCCCCUGCCCCCCACAUUUCAGAGGUAAAGAGUACGUGGGAGAGGGGAUGGAACACCCAGAGGAGGGCUACAGUCACCCGCGUUACCCUCCACGCGACUAUGGCGGCCCUGGAGACAGAGGCCCUGGAGGCCCUCGGGAUUAUGAGGGCCACAACAUGGAGCGAGGCAGAGGCCGUGGAUUUUUCCCCAGAGUCAGAGGCCGGGGAUGGAACAGGGGGAAUUAUCCAGGCAACAACAGCAAUGGAAAUCCUGUCAAUAUGAAUCCUCCAGUGCGUCCUCCCGAUGAGGAGUGGGACCCCGAGUACACUCCCAAGAGCAGGAAGUAUUAUCUGCACGACGACCGUGACGGAGAGAAAACCUGGAUCGACAACCGUGGUAGAGGGCGAGGGUCCUUCCCAACUCGCCGGGGCCGCUUCAUUUACCGCAAAGGGGGCAACAGCCCAAAGUGGACCCACGAUAUGUACCAGGGCGGAGAGGAGGGGGAGCUGGGGGACGACACCAUCGAAGUAGACCAUAAGGACACCAAGGGCGCCGGAGACGCUGCGGUGUCAAAGCAGUAACCUGCUGCUCUGUCAGAAUGGUUAGAGUGAAGGUGAAGGGUUAUUCCCUCUCGUCACUACUUCAUUUAAUGGUUAAAACGUGUUGAACGAGCUCAGUGAAGAGCACCUCUCGCUGUUUGAGAUGAGCAUAAACUGUUCUUUUUGUGCGUCUGUUUAGUUAAUUGCAUCUUUUUAAAGGUAAAAUUACUGAGGCAUCAACUUUUCAAAAUAAAUUUUCUCUAAAAACAUGACAAAAUAAUUUGUGCCUUAGAAAAUAACAUUGUAAUUGAAGUUUGAAGGCCUGAAAGCUGCAUUUCUGUACUUGUGAGUGUAGGAACACGUUCAUGUUUUUUUCUUGUGGGGCUGUGAUAAAUCUGUUAGUGCAUGAAGUUCUUCGUACCUCGCUGGGACCAAUCUGACGUGUGCACGAGGCUCAGACGUGAUCAGUGAUCGUUGUUGAAGCCGGACGGCUUUUAUCUGAGCGUUUUCAUCCAGCGCUGUGCCACUGGUGUUUCUCUUUAGCAAGUGAAGACAUUUGUGUGUGUGCUACAGUAUAUUCUCAUUUAUUGUUGGUAUUUUCAUUUAUAGCAAAUGUACGUUGACAUUUGGCACAAAAAUCCCCUGAGUUGUUUUAGGUCGAAGCAAAAAAAGAGCAAGCAACCUCUUUUCUGCCUCUGUCUUAUUAGUGUAGCUAACUUUAGAUAAUGAUAAAUUACACGUCAUUAAAAAAGAUGGUAGAAUUAAAAUUAAGUUAGGAAGAAGAGGCGAAUUGAACCUGAACAACAAAAUACCACCUGCAGUUUUAUAAAACAUCCUCAAACACAACAAUUGGAGAAAAAUGUAAAAGACGAACAUGUAUAUUUUUAAGAGUUGGCACAACUAGAGUCUCUCUAAACUGCUUUGUCCCACUUUUCACUCUACAUACUGCAUGUACGCCACAAAACUGUAGGACCUGGUUUAUGUUUAAUCCCAAGCUGAAAACUUUUUUUACAUGUCUUUUAAUUUUCAAUAAAUCUUUCUUUGAUUCAGGGCAA